AUGCCCCGAUCAUGUUCUCGGUCACGCAGUUCAACACCAUCAACACGACGAUCACGUUCACCAGUAUCGGAUCACGAUAGUGGAAAUGAACGACCCAAUGAAUAUCGUAUUCAUAUUGCUGAAUUACCACAGGGCGUACAUGAAAGCGAAGUACGAAAAGAAUUUCAACGUUAUGGUACGUUAUUGGAUGUUUGGGUUGCAGGCGCAUCGUGUUUCGCAUUUGUUGUUUAUAAAGAAAAAGAAGAGGCACAAAAAGCUAUUGAUCAGAUGGAUGGAAGAUCAUUUGGCAGUAAUCGUUUAAAAGUAACAUGGGCUCGGCCACGAACACGUAAUCGUUCUCAACGUUAUGAUCCAAAUAUGAGAUGUUAUAAAUGUGGGCAACGAGGCCAUUUUAGUCGUGAUUGUGAACGUUUAAUGACUGAAGGACGGCCAUCUCGUCGUCGAGAUGACAAUUAUGGUCGAUAUUCAUCGUCAAACAAUCGAUAUUCGAGGUCUCGUUCACCGGCACGAUUACCUGCACCAACCUAUUUUCGUCAUGGAAUGCCCAUGUAUCCAUCCUAUUCGCGCCGAUAUGAUGAUUAUAUGGGUGGUAAUUAUUAUCCAUCAGCUGCUGAUCGAUCAAAUGGUCAUGAUUAUCGUGGUCGUGACCGUGAACGGGGUACACGUUUAACACCACCAUCAACAAGUGGAAGAUACAAUCGACGAUAA